UUGUAGACUUUGGACUCUAAUACUGGACAUAUAACUUCAUUUAUUUGGACUAUUUUUUAUCUUUCUUAUAAGGACAAUUGUUUGACUAUAUACUCUGCAUACUUUUGUUUUAUUCUUUUAUUGCAUUAAUAAAGAUAUUAGAUUGUUUAUUGGCCUCCGUGUUGGUUUCCAGUGCUCACGCAGCCUAGAGGCGUUACAGGUACGUCAUUUUAAACCAAUGUUCUUUUAAAUCAUAGGCAUAUGUAUAUUUGAUCUUGUAAUUCCGUAUUUUCUCUCAUUCUACCAAUUUGAUUGGAUGGCCUAAAUUUGCCACCCACUUAACCAUACAUUCUUUAAUUUGUUCUGUUUCAAUGGCCCAUUCUAAUAGUCUUUUAUAGAUUUUUGUAAUUAAUUUAUUUUCUAUUUUCAUUAUUUUAUCCCAAAAGGAAUAUUUUUCUGCAAAACCCACCUUUAUGUCUUUGUUAAAAAGGUUUUUUUGUCUGUCUAUACUGGAACCAUGAGAAGUUUCUAGACUUCUGUUUAAUUUCUUCUUUUUUCUUAAUUUAUAGCCUCCUUUGUCUUUUGUUACCGUAUCUUUGUAUGUUGUCCAGAUCUGCCAUCCUAACUCUCUUCGUUGAUUUGCUCCCAUAUGGAGGUUUUCCAAUAUAGUUUCGCUUUAUGCCUUUCCCAAAUUAUUAUCAGUGAUGCUCUUAUAUAAUGAUUUGUAAAAAUCUUUUCUAUUUUUCUUUUCCCAUACCAAAUAUAUGCAUGCCAGCCUCUUCCCAGCUCAAAUCCCUCUAUUGUCAAUAUGUUGUCUUUUGAGAGUAGUCCAAUCAUCAAUCCACACCAGCCGACAUGCUUCAUGGUGUGAUUUCAGAUUGGACAAUCCAAAUCCACCUCUUUUUUCCCAUCAAUUAAAUUUGUGAAUUCAGUUAUUGGCUUUUUACACUGCCCUAUAAAUUUAGUAAAAUCCUUAUUCCAUAUUUUAAAUAUCUGCAUGUUUCUGAUUAUAAGAAGCAUUUGGGAUAAAUAUAACAUUUUUGGAAGGAUAUUCAUUUUAAUUAUUGCAAUUCUUCCCAUUAAUGAUAAAUUUAGAUGCUUCCAGUUUUCUAGGUCUUUCCUUAUCUCCUUCCAUUUUUGUUCAUAAUUAUUUUUCAUAAGCUGUGAAUUCUUUCGGGAUAUUAUGAGUCCUAAAUAUUUUAUUUUAUUCACAACUUGUAGGCCUGUUAUUUCAGAUAAUUCUUCUUGUUUUCUUUUUGACAUAUUUUUAGUUAAUAUCGUAGUUUUAUUUCUAUUUAUUUUGAGUCCUUAUAGCUUUCCAUAUUCUUCUAUUUUGUUUAUCCAAUUUCUAAUAUUCGCUAUUGGGUUAUCUAUUACGCAAAUUAAGUCUGUUUUCUCAGGAGGGUGGCUUUCCUAAGAAACGGCAGGGGAAACCAGGCCCAUGCAUCAUAUUUCUUUCAGUUCCUCAAAUUUGGGAGCACAAUAUAAGCCCAUUUGAGAGGAGACCUUUAGGCACAAGAACAUGAUGGGUCGAGUCGGUGCUUAUGAGAGGCAGCAGGAUGGCACUGGGGAAGAGAAUGAAACAGCCAUGGCACCCAGCAUGUUAGGCCAAUACAUGCCUCAGUGGAAAUGGAAAUCUUCCUACCUGAUUUAUAUGCUGCUGGCAAUUGCUUUUCUGCUGAUCAUCAUAUUGUUUGGGAUUGUGACUUCCAAGGUGCCACCACUUGCUUCACACUCGAACAAAGCAGAUGUCAAACCAAUGCCUCAGCAGGUUUACGGAUUGGCUUUGUGUGAUUCUAACGACGCACAAUGGGUGCAAUUCAGUGGAAAGUGCUACUAUUUCUCCCCGGAGAAAGCCACCUGGAUGCGAGCCAACAGAAAAUGUGAAGAGAAACAUUCACGGCUUGUCAUUAUAAAGAGUAUGGCUGAACAGAAUUUCCUCCAUAACCAGACCAACUACAACCAACGUUACUGGAUAGGACUCAGUGACAGGGAUUUUGAAGGAGAGUGGAAAUGGAUGGAUGGAAGUGACAGUCAAAAUGGCUUCACCUAUUGGGCAGAAGGGGAGCCCAACGACAGCAGUUCCGGUGAGGACUGUGCACAUCUCUGGAUCAAUGGACAAUGGAAUGAUGUCUACUGCACAUAUCCAUGCUACUACAUUUGUGAGAAGCUCAUGCAAGGAAGGACUUAAACAUCUCUUAUGAACUGUCCCCAAGGCACAGAGAAAUUGUUGUCCUAAUUGUCUACUGCUGCAGACAUUAUUCUAAUCCAGAGGCAAGAAAAGUGGAAUCUUCCAAUAUGGUUGGAUUGCAACUGCCAACAGUCCUGGUCAGCACAACUGAAAAUGAGGAAUACUGAGAGUUUAAUCACUGAUUAUGUUGACCAUACAGUGCAAUUUAACUGCAUUGAACAUCAUUAUAUGAGUCUCUACAACACAUAUGAUGCAAUUUAAAUGUAUUGAACAGCAUUAUGUGAGUUUACGCUAACCAUAUAAUACAGUUCCAAAUUGAGCCAUGGCAGAAGGCAGACAUUGUAUAGUGUAGAUGCGCCCUUAGUAGCUGACAGUGUAUUGUGCAAGUAUGGUUGAAACUUUCUUCAUUUCCACCAAUAUAUGUCUAGAAGUUUUAUAUUGCCAUGUAAUUAUAAAGCCUAUGGUAAUUAUUUCUGAUAACACCUGAACAAGCAGGAGUAAAAUUUAGUAGAAAUCAACCCCAGCGCUUGGGGUGAACAGUGCAAAUCCUGAAAAGGAAGAAACCAGAGAAGCUAAAGAACACACCCAGAAAGCAGACUGGAGAUUUGAAAUAACCCCUAUGACAGUGGUUCUCAACCUGUGGGUUCCCAGGUGUUUUGACCUACAACUCCCAGAAAUCCCAGCCAAUUUACCAGCUGUUAGGAUUUCUGUACAUUGAAGGCCAAAACAUCUGGGGACCCACAGGUUGAGAACCACUGCCCUAUGGGUUUAUUGUGGACUUCUUGCCGUUGAUAGCCAUUGUAGAUAUGCUGUAAUAUUAUGAUUUUAUUAGCCCUCACAUCACUACAGAAUUUUUCAUUUGAUUCUCUUUAGUUUAUGGUGUAAUUUUCAGUUCUCUCUUUUUUUCAAAUGUUACUUUAUGGCCAAAAUCCAAUUGUUAUAUCUAACUGGGGCUUACUGAGGUCAUGGAGCUAAGUGUUGAUUUCUCAAAUAUUCAUUGGUUCAAUGAGAUCAUUCCAGUUGGGAUUGACUGGAAUCAUACGUAUGUAGACUUUUUAAAUAUAUGUUGUUUGUAUAUGACUAGUGCAUAUUUGUGUUGUGUUAUAAUUUGCUUUCAUCUGUAAAUAAUGGUCUUUAUUUGUUAAAUAUAUCCAUGAUAUGAUUAUUUUAAGAAGGUUUUAUGUUUAUGACUUGAUUUAAUUAGCAGUGCUAAUCAGGCUUGGCCUAAUGUUUGAUGUGAAGAUGAGAUCAGCACAUCAAUCAGAUAGCAUUUAAGUCUCAUCUUGCAGCAAAUUGCUGAACAGAGGCUUUUGAGGGAAGUUGACUGGGGCAAGCAUUAAAAUGAUUUCUGAAAUGCCAACACUAAAAUGUUGCUUUGAAAUCUGAAUGAUUUGUUUUCAUAUAUUAUAUCCUGUAAUAUUAAUAGAUUAAUAUUAUAUUGUCAAAUGAUACUGCAGCGCUAGCCUUUUAUUGAUUUCUUUUUUAUAUUCAGAAGAAAUAAAAUGUAACAUAUUUGUUAAA